CAUCUGGUGACAAUUUAAUAAUGAGCAAAAUGUUUGUCAAUAGUUGACAGAAGGAUCUACACCCUUUUAUUUAUAUUAUUAAUUGAAUUCGCCCGUUCAGCAUGGGCAAUUCAAAAUCCACAAAAUGUGCAGAGACAGUUUCUCUUGGGAUGCCUCAGAAGGAAAGGGAUCUCCAUCUGGCUGUGAUGGCUAAUGAUAAAGAGGGAGUAAAAUUAUGUGUUACACAUGGAGCUGAUCUGAACUAUCCCUGGAGUAAUCCUGAUGUACCUAGUGUUAAAGAUAGUACAACACCUCUGUUGGCAGCUGUUUCUCUAAACCAUGUAGAAAUUACUGAGAUUUUGAUAAGAGCAGGGGCAAAGAUAAAUUUGACUGAUAGAAAUGACUGCACACCUCUGUAUAAAGCUGCUUUCCAUGGGAGACCUGUCCUGCUAGAUAUUUUGUUAAAAGCUGGUGCCGACAUUAACAAAUGUGACAAAGCUGGACAGACUCCAUUGUAUAUAUGUGUACAGAAUGCAAUUGUACAUUCCAGUUAUAGAGCUGUAGAAAGACUUCUCAGUGGUGGGGCAUCAUUACAGUUGUCUGACAAUGCUGGUAAAUCUCCAUUGCAUGUAGCAGCCCACUGGAAACUGAAAGAUAUGAUUAAAAUUCUUCUCAGAGCAGAAAACGAUGUUAAUAAACUUGAUAACAAGGGUCGUACCCCUCUGUAUGUAUGUGUCAGCUCGCUCAGUACUGGUCUAUACAAGGAAGAUUUGAAAUACCAAGUUCCAUGUAUCAAGGUCCUGUAUUCUGCUGGGUGUGAUAUGUUGAACUUGACAGACUGGAUCAAAUGGAAGGGGCCCGGCAUUCCAGAGGAACUGAUGGCUGAUGAUCCAGCAUUCCUGGAAUGGUACAAAAGUAAUAUGAACUCGCCACAUAGUCUGGCUAAUCUUAGUCGUCUAGUCAUACAAAAGAGACUUUACCAGCACCGAAAAAGAAAUAUUGUUCAACUGGUUCCAAAAUUACCAGUUCCUUGUAAAGUGAAGACUUAUUUGAGCCGAGCUAUGUUUCAUCUUCCCACUCCCACCACAUCUAUCUAGCCUACAACAUAUAACAAUGUUUGAAAACAUUGUCAGGCCAGUGGUCAAAUCCAUUUUUUGCACACAUAAUGCAUAAGAAAAGAAAGUUUAUGUUGUAAAUUCUCAGUAUGAAAUGGCAAGGAUUAGCAGUGGCCAGAAGAAAAUAGACCUUUCGACAUCAGAUUCGAUUAGAUAUCCUUUCAUUUUAACUAUUUUGAUGUGUAAACUUAGUGUUACAGGCAGUUAUUUUAGUGCAAAGGUUCUUUUUAUGGAAAACCCAUGAUGGAAAAUAAAAAAGCAGUUUCGUUAUCAUGAUUAAUAUUAAAUCAAACUAAUUUCUUUAAGGUUUCUUAUUGUAAGAUUUAUGUAAGGAUAUCGACGAAAUAUUAUCCAGUUCUCAGAUAAAAUGGCAUAAGGGAAAAAAUUUCACUGGCUGUGAUUUAAUGGUGAUUGGAAUUUAACAUAAAAUUGUGUGUAUUUAAAUUUUCAAAUUCUAAAAUGAGAACCAAAUGUUGAUGUAAUGCUGGCUCUCAUUCUUUGUUGUAAAAACAUAUAUCUCAAAACCAUUAUGAAAACUUUUAUCAUGUGCAGGAGGUUUUUUUGCAAAAAAUACUAAUCAAGAGAAGCUAAAAUUUCUGGUGAAGGAAAUUUUUACGUAAAUCCCCCUCCUGAACAUAAUUUAUCUGUUUAAUUACACUGAAUAUCAAUAGCAAUGGUUCAGUUAAACAUUCUUAAAACUUAAUUCCAUUAUUCUUUCGCUAUCAACAUUUUCAAGACAUUAGCAAAACAGUCCCAUUUAAAAAAGCUCACAAAUGUUCAAGAGUCUCAAUGAAGGUUAAAAAAGGCAUAUAUUGAUAUGGCAAAAUCCACCUAAGAGAGGGGGUUAAACAUGUAAAAGGCAUAUCCUAUGAACAAAAAUUAAUAAGAUGAUAAAAAAUUACAUGAAAAAUGCACUAGCUAUCAACCAAUCAAAAUCUAGGAUGCUGAAUGAAUUUCAGUUUGGCCUUAGAAAUAAACAAAAGAGAAAUGAUAUAUUUUACAUCAAAGCUGUUGUAUUCUCUAGAAUUAACUAAUGUUGCAAUGUUAAAAAUCAGACUAUAGGAUCUUUUGUGAUUUUGUAGACCAGAAAUAAAUUAUAAUGUAAAAUUGAAAAGAGGCUGGUCCUCUUUUGCUCUAGAUCUCUCUCUUUUGCCAAAAAAUUUUUAUUGACAAAAUUCUGAUAAAAAACUCAAUGUCAACUUGCAUAAACAUAGUUUUUGUUGACAGUUUCUUAAAUAAUUUUGGAAGAUUUAAAAGCUUUGAUGUAGAAUGCAUCAUGCAGAUUUACUUGCAGCCUUUUUCUAAAAAUAGAUAGAUUCAACUCUAACGCAGUAAGAUAUAUAAAUUGCUAUGGACAUUUUAAAACAUAGAUUUUUUCAUUGCCCAUUUUUUUUCUUCAAGUCGAUGAGUUUAUUUUUAGUCACUGAAUCAACUACCUUGUAUGGAUACAUUCUAUUAAGCUGAUUUUUGGGUUUUUUUUUAAAGUGCUUAGGGCUAUUCCAGGAAAAAAAUUAUUCCAUCAGAGAUUAAACCCUGGGGAAAAUACAACAGAAAUUUUACACUUGUGUACUUCUUCCAAAAGAAAAGGUGUAUUGAUUAAUGACUGUUUCAAUUUCAUGGCUGAAAAAUUACUGUAAAUUCAGAAAUUAUUGUGUGACAAAAAUGCGAAAUUUAUUAUUGCGAUUUCAGGAUAAUCUGCAUACAGAUAUAUACAUCAGAUAUCAGAGUGCAAGUUCUUAUUAUUGCGAUUCUCACCCAGUCACAUUUUUCGCAAUAAUAAAAACCUCCCAAUAAUUUCUGAAUUUACAGUACCUCAAAGUAGUGAAAGCAAGAAACUUUUUCUGGUUCAUACUAUUUAUGGAACAUUGUUUAGGCUGAAAUCAAAAUUUUUUUUUCAUUUGGCAUUGUUAAUGACCUGAUAUAUAAAAUUUUUAUUUCCCUGUAAUUUAAAUAUUGUGAAAUUUAAUAUCCCAGGACUGAAUUCAUCGGAUUUUGAGCAGUGAGUAGCUAUAAUGUUUAGCCUCAAAGAGUUAAAAAUGAUUCGUAAAUAUUAACUACAUGUAUUAUAUUGUUUGAUUUUAAAAGUGACGAUUUUUGCAUUUUUAUACGACCGCAAAAAAAUUUUUGUGGUCAAAUAUUGGUAUGACGUUGGCCUCGUCGUCGUCGUCCGAAGACACAUUAGUUUUCGCACUCUAACUUGAGUUUAAGUGAAUGGAUCUCAAUGAAAUUUUACCAUAAGGUUCAAUACCACAAAAGAAAGGUGGGGAUUGAUUUUGGGGGUUAUGGUACCAACAGUUAAGGAAUUAGGGGCCAAAAAUAAGCAUUUUUGUAACUUCCAGACAUAACUUGUGUGUAAGUGUAUGGAUCUCUCUGACAUUGUACCACAAGGUUCCAUAUCACAAAGGGAAUGCUGGGAUUGAUUUUGGGGGUAAUUGCCUCCAAAUUUUGGGAAUUAGGGGCAAAAAACAAGCAUUUUUCUAGUUUCAUGACAAUAACUUGUGUGUAAGUCUAUUAUGGAUCUCUCUGACAUUGUAUCACAAGGUUCCAUAUCACAAAGGGAAUGCUGGGAUUGAUUUUGGGGGUAAUUGCCUUCAAAUUUUAGGAAUUAGGGGCCAAAAAGAGACAAAAAACAAGCAUUUUUCUAGUUUCAUGACAAUAACUUGUGUAUAAGUGUAUGGAUCUUUAUGAAAUUGUACUACAAGGUUCCAUAUCACAAAGGGAAAGCUGGAACUGAGUUUGGGUGUAAUUGCCCCAAAAGUUUAGGAAUAAGGGGCCAAAAAUAAGCAUUUUUCUAGUUUCCAGACAAUAACUUGUGUUCAAGUGUAUGGAUCUCUCUGAAAUUGUACUGCAAGGUACCAUACCACAAAGGGAAGGCUUGGAAUGAUUUUGGGGGUAAUUCCCUCAAAAUUUUAGUAAUUAGGGGCCAUAAAAGGGCAAAAAAACAAGCAUUUUUCUAGUUUCAGGACAAUAACUUGUGUGUAAGUGUAUGGAUUUUUAUGAAAUUGUACUGCAAGGUUCCAUAUCACAAAGGGAAAGCUGGGUUUGAGUUUGGGGGUAAUUGCCCUAAACGUCUAGGAAUUUGGGGCCAAAAAGGGGCCAAAAAACAAGCAUUUUUCUAGUUUCCAGACAAUAACUUGUGUUCAAGUGUAUGGAUCUCUCUGAAAUUGUACUGCAAGGUACCAUACCACAAAGGGAAGGCUGGGAUUGAGUUUGGGGGUGAUGAAUCAUAAGGGGGUUCAAAAAAUUUUGGGGGGGAUUUUUUUUUCUUUUUUUUUCUUUAAAAUUUUCCAUUUUAAAUUGGUUAUUUCUGAUUUAUAUAUAAAAGCAAAUAAUAAUGAUAUGGUGUGAAUAGGUAGAUUAAAAAUUUUUAAGUUCUUAGACCACUUUCAUUCUGUGUCAGAAACCUAUGCUGUGUCAAAUAUUUAAUUACAAUCCAAAUUCAGUGCUGUAUCAAGCUUGAAUGUUGUGUCCAUACUUGCCCCAACUGUUCAGGGUUCGACCUCUGCGGUCGUAUCAAGCUGUGCCCCAGCGGAGCAUUUUAUUUUAUCAAGAUAUUCAUUAUUGUGGGGGAAAUAUUUGCAUUUAAAUUUUACAUGCUAAUUAUAUAGAUGUGUACUUUGUAUAUAAAGUUUGGAUUGUUCCUAAAUCUUCAAAGUGAGUUGACUAUCAUCCAUAGAGAAUCUCAUUAAAUUUAUUCCCUUCCAUUUUUAUACAACUGCAAAAAAUUUUGCGGUUGCAUAUUGGUAUCAAGUCCUAGUCGUCGUCGUCCGAAGACAUUUGGUUUCAGGACAAUAACUUUAGUAAAUGUAAAUAGAAAUCUAUGAAAUUUAAACACAAGGUUUAUAACCACUAAAGGAAGGUUGGGUUUGAUUUUGGGGUUAAAGUCCUAACAGAUUAGGAAUUGGGGGCCAAAAAGGGGCCCAAAUAAGCAUUUUUCUAGUUUCCAGACAAUAACUUGUGGAACGGUGUAUGGAUCUCUCUGAAAUUAUACCACAAGUUUCCAUACCACAAAGGGAUGGUUAGGAUUGGCUUUGGGGGGUUUUGGCUCAAACCAUUUAGGAAUUAGGGGCAAAAAAGUGAGAAAAAACAAGGAUGUCCUGGUUAAUGGACAAUUAC